UGCAGCGCGGAAAUAUAUCAACUGCUUAUUGGUAUAGUAACAAGUUAGUUCAGUAUCAAUCGGUCCACGGCAGACGUUGCGCCAGUUAACGCAGUUGUAUUGUCAGAGGCUCUCUCGCUCGAAGUACAAUAUGAAAAAGGAGCAAGUGGGAGUAAGCCACAUCAGUGGCAGUACAACAUCGCUCGGCGGAUGUAAUGGUGUUGGAGCCUUCCGAUCCCGGGAAGUUAUUUAUAUGAAGGAACAAAGUCAGUCAGAUUUCGAAAGUGGGAAGGAUAAAGACGAAACCGAUGGCCACUAUCAGGCAUCGCACCCGACGUCUUAUUUGGAUACAAUGCUGCAUCUUUUCCGCGGUAACAUCGGAUCUGGUCUGCUGGCCAUGGGUGACGCCUUCAAAAACGGCGGCAUCAUCUUUUCACCUAUCAUGACGGCUAUCAUUGGAAUUAUUUGCGUGCACGCACAGCAUUUAUUGCUGAAUUGUUCAGAAGAAAUGUAUCGGGAAACAAAACGACCGAAGCCACCGGGUUUCGCUGAUACAGUGUCGUUGGUAUUUAAAUAUGGCCCCGUCAGACUACGACCACUCGCGUCUACAAUGCGCGUCAUGGUCAAUACAUUCCUAUGCAUCACUCAACUCGGUUUCUGCUGCAUCUACAUAGUCUUCAUAGGGAAUAACGUUAAAAUGAUUUGCGACCAGUACGGAGUGGAAAUAAGUCUAUCGAUUCACAUGAUAUUUGUCAUAUUUCCUAUACUACUUGCGUGUAUGGUGAGAAAUCUUAAAUACCUGACGCCGUUCUCGACGAUUGCUAAUGUGUUGAUGGCAGUGGGGGUGGGAGUUGUGUUGUAUGAAGCGGCACAGGACCUUCCAUCUGUGGAGUCCAGGACUUACCUGGCGGAGUGGCAACAAUUACCCUUAUAUUUUGGUACUGCAAUCUAUGCCUUCGAGGGUAUAGGCUUGGUUUUACCUUUGAAAAAUGAAAUGCGAAAACCGGAGCAGUUCCAGAAGCCCUUAGGGGUUCUUAACGUGGGUAUGGCUGUGGUCGGAUGCGUGUUCAUCUCGAUGGGAUUCUUGGGAUACUUAAAAUGGGGAGAUGAUGUAGCCGGUAGCCUUACACUCAACUUACCACAGGGAAAAGUAAUUAGUUCCGUGGUGCAAGGAUUAAUAGCGCUGGCAAUGCUUCUCACCUAUCCUCUUCAAUUCUAUGUACCAAUUUGUAUCAGCUGGCCAGGCCUGCGCAAGCGCUUGGGUCCAAACGGUCUAGUUGCUAAGGAACUGGCCUACAGAGCAUUGAUAGUCGUCCUCACUUUUAUCGUCGCUGAAUCGAUACCAGAGUUGGGUCUGUUCAUUUCUCUGGUCGGAGCGAUCAGCAGCACAGCAUUAGCGUUGAUGUUUCCACCUCUCAUUCAACUCGUCCACGAGGCACACAGGAACCGGCUCUCCGCUUUUCUCAUCACCAAAAACUGUAUCAUCAUCCUCUUGGGCAUCUUCAUCUUUACCACGGGCACAUACGAGAGUUUGACGGCGAUCAUCAGCUUCUUUAGAAAGGGAUAAUUAUUAUUAAGAUAAUUAAUGUGACUUUUGUGGUACUAUCUAUAUAUAUCUAAAGAUAAUUUUCUACGGGAUAUAGUCAUAUAAGAUAGUUGCAUUACACGAAUCAUGGUACAUAAGAUGCACUAAAGUCGACUCAAUA